ACUUGCGUGGCAGGCUGUUUUAGCCAUGUAGGGGUCUCUGCUGCCACAGGCAGUUAUUAUGGGCGAGGGAGAGAUAACAAGGGCGAUAGAUAAAGCCCACCUCAGAGUCACAUCCAUUCUGGGAGCCCGCACCAUCACAGACAUGGCGAGCAAGAAGGCGUCCAACAAGAGGCAGAGAGGAGGACAGAAGUCUUGCUCCAACGUCUUCUCCAUGUUUGAGCAGUCCCAGAUCCAGGAGUUCAAGGAGGCCUUUGGCUGCAUUGACCAGGACAGAGAUGGAGUCAUCAAGAAGCAGGACUUGAGGGAAACAUAUGGACAGCUGGGGAAACUGAAUGUGAAGGAUGAGGAGCUGGAGGAGAUGCUGAACGAAGGGAAAGGACCCAUCAACUUCACAGUUUUCUUGACAUUAUUUGGGGAAAAACUCAAUGGAACUGACCCAGAAGACACGAUCCUGGCUGCUUUUAAGCUGUUCGACCCCAAUGGGACUGGCUUUGUCAAUAAAGACGAAUUUAGGCGACUCCUGAUGAACCAGGCUGAUAAAUUCACGGCAGAGGAGGUGGAUCAGGCCUUUGCUCUGGCUCCCAUUGACCCGGCUGGCAACAUUGACUACAAAUCUCUCUGCUACAUCAUCACACACGGGGAUGAGAAAGAAGAAUCUUAG